GAAUUCCUUAAUCAGCCGGGGGUAACGGUCGACAUUGGGUUCUCUGCACGUUUUUUUGCGAAGGCACUGGAACGACCCGUCCAUUCAUGUGGUAUGCCCUUCCCACUCCUGUUCUUUUUUAUUGGCAAAUUUGGAAACAACGCGUUUGUAUAUGAGCGAUCACGAUGUGUCCAACUUGGCGUGUGUCCUACUUGGCAUGCAAUUCAUCGCAUUGGUUCCGUCCGACAAAGUGCAGUGCUUUUUAUGCGUAGAUGCCCCUAUUGUUGGUCAUUAUCGUUUUCGACGUCUCUGAGCUCGUCGUUUAUGUUCUUUUGGACUCUUGUUGCUCUUGAGCGCUGUCGACGUUAAAGCGGGGUGGAAGUGACAUUUACAAUGGUAUCAUUCACGAUGAUGA